UUUAGAUCUGUUAGAAAGGUUUUAGCGUCCAACAAUUCCGUCACUUUACAUAUUUCAUCCAUGGCAGAACGAUCCACUAUUCCCACUAUUCCCAAUGCUGAGUGGUUAUUAGAAUAUGAAUCUAAAAUAAAUAAGCUCCAAGGGAAUACGCUCCAAGGGAACAUCGACUAUAAUACAUACCAACGCAAACAGAUGAAAAAGAUAAGUCGCCGAAAUGGAGAGAGGCUCUUCGUGGUGCUACUGGCUUUGUAGUUCUAAACUCCAGGAAUGAAACGGAGGCAAUCGAUCAUAUUGUUGAAAAAGUUACUAUUUUGCUUGACAAGACAGACUUAUUCGUUGUUGAUAAUCCGGUGGGAGUCAAAUCUCGAGUGGACAAAACGAUUCCGUUGCUAAAAAUUCAACAAUCAAAUGAUGUUCUGCUACUAGGGAUUUGGGGUAUGGGGGGAAUUGGUAAAACAACCAUUGCAAAAGCAAUUUACAAAGAAAUCUGUCGCAAUUUCAGAGAUAGAAGUUUCCUUGCAAACAUUAGGGAAAGGUGGGAGCAUAUUGAUGGAAAAGUGUCUUUACAAGAACAACUUCUGCUUGAUAUCUUAAAAACAACUACAGAGAUGCCAAACAUCGACUCUGGGAAAAAUACAAUAAAGGAUAUGCUCUGCAAUAAGAGAGUACUUCUUGUUCUUGAUGAUGUGGAUAGUUUGGACCAACUAAAUGCUUUGUGUGGAAGUCGUGAAUGGUUUGGUUCAGGGACUAGAAUAAUCAUUACAACCAAAGAUAAACGUAUACUUGGAGCAAAUGGAGUUGAUAAGGUAUACAUGAUGGAAACGAUGGAUGAUAGUGAAUCAAUUGAGCUUUUUAGUUGGCAUGCAUUCAAGCAAGAUAGGCCUAGAGAUGAUUUUCUUAAAAUUUCUAAAGAAAUAGUUCACUACUCUGGGGGAUUGCCUCUAGCUCUAACAGUCCUUGGUUCCUAUUUAUUUGGAAACGGAAUAGCAGAUUGGAUGUGUGUAUUGGAGAAAAUCAAAAUAAUUCCCAAAGAUGAAGUACAACGGAAGUUAAAAGUAAGCUAUGAUGGUUUAAAUGAUGAUACAGAAAAAGAUAUAUUCCUUGACAUAGCUUGUUUCUUUAUUGGGAUGGACCGAAACGAUGUUACACAAAUAUUAAAUGGAUGUGGACUUUUUGCUAAUAUCGGAAUAAGUGUCCUUGUUGAGCGAAGCCUUCUAACUGUCGAUGAUAAGAAUACACUUGGAAUGCAUGAUUUAUUACGAGAUAUGGGAAGGGAAAUCAUUCGUGAAAAAUCACCAAGGGAUCCUGAGGACCGUAGUAGGUUAUGGUUUCAAGAGGAUGUGCUUAAUGUUUUAUUUGAAAAAACUGGAACAAAAGCUGUUGAGGGACUAGCUUUGAAGUUGCCAAUAACUAGUUCAAAAUGUUUUAGUGCUGAAUCAUUUGAGAAGAUGGAGAGACUAAGAUUGCUUCAACUUGCUGGAGUACAACUUGAUGGAGAUUUCGAGUAUCUUUCAAGAAAACUAAGAUGGCUGUGUUGGAAAGGAUUUCCUUUACCAUUCAUACCUUCAAACUUUUAUCAAAGAAAUUUAGUUUCCAUUGAGUUAGAAAACAGUAAAAUGAUAUUUGUGUGGAAAGAGACCCAGAGGCUGGCGAAGCUGAAAAUUCUCAAUCUUAGUCAUUCUCAUUAUUUGAUGCAUACCCCAGACUUUUCAUAUUUGCCUAAUCUUGAAAAGCUAGUACUCAAAGAUUGUCCAAUGUUGACCGAGGUUUCUCAUACCAUUGGAGAUCUCGGUGAAAUACUUCUAAUAGAUUUGGAAGAUUGUGUUAGCCUUCGUAGCCUUCCAAGAAGCAUCUAUAAGUUGAAAUCUCUGAAAACUCUCAUUCUUUCUGGGUGUAUAAUGAUUGACAAGUUGGAAGAGGACAUAGAACAGAUGGAAUCUUUAACCACUCUGCUUGCAGAUAACACUGCAUUAACAAGAGUGCCCUUUUCAAUAGUAAGGUCAAAAAGUAUUGUAUAUAUUUCUUUGUGCGGCCAUGAAGGAUUCUCACGUGAUGUGUUUCCAUCUAUCAUUAAGUCUUGGAUGUCUCCAACAAAUAAUCUCCCAUCUUACUUUCAAACAUCUACUAUCAUGUCAUCUCAUGUUCCUUUAGAUGUACCACGUAGUAGUUCCCAGGAACUAUCAUCAAUUUCCAAGUACCUUCCAAGUAUUCGAAGUCUUUGGGUGAAGUGUAGCUCAGAUCUGCAAUUAUUUUGGAUGCCUUAUAUGCCGCAAAUUCUAAAGAAUUGGAACCAACUACAACUCAAGUAUCUAGAAAUUCCUCCAAAUCUCUUUUCAUUCCAAUGGGAAUGAAUUGUCAAGUUGCAAAUAUUCUGAAAGGGCUAAUUUUACAGAGUAUGCGUGGUGGUUGUGUUCUCCCGGGUGAUAGUUAUCCAAACUGGUUAAGCUUCAAUUGUGAUGGUUCUUCUGUAAUUUUUAAUGCCCCUCAAGUGGAAGAGCAUAACUUAAAGUCAUUGAUGUGCAUUGCCUCUUCAACUGCGGAUAACAUAACACCAGAUGGUCUUAAAAAUGUGUUAGUGAAAAAUUACACAAAGGCCACCAUUCAGAUCUAUAAGAGUGAAACAUUAGCUUCCUUUAAGGAUGAGGAAAAGCAGAAUUUAGUAUCAAGUGUAGAACCCGGAAACAAAGUGGAGGUUGUUGUUGUUUUUGGGGACGGUUUCAUUGCGAAAGAAACAACAAUUUAUCUUAUAUAUGAAGAAUCAGUUGGCAAGAAAUUGGAGCUAAACCGUGAAUCAGAUUCGAAUAUCAUUGCUGUUGGGGUUGAUGAAAAUGAAUGCAGUGUCAAGAGUAUCUGUACUCAAGAGGAGCCCACUGAAGGCUUCAAUCAGAACAAAAUGAAAAAGAAAAAAGAAGAAAAGAAAAAGAAAAAAAAUUGAGUGGAACUAAAGAUGGUAAAACAAUGGCUGUGUAAAAUUCAAUCCUUAUGCGGCUGGAAAUUUCUAGAUUUUAUUUAUGGUGAAGUCAUGUGAUCCUAAAUAGAUAUGAUCAAUUAUAAUCUGUUCUGUUGUAAUUCUUCCAUUAAUCUGUUCUGUUGAUACUUGCAUUAUAGUUCAUCCUUUGUUGGUAACUUGUUAUGUAGAGACUAAGUUGCUGCUAUGUCGAAAAUUGAUUUGCUCUCUCUAAUGAAUGCAAACUUUCUUUGUUGCCUGUGA